UCUAAAUUGUCAUUUGAAUGUGAUUGAAAAAUUACGGGAUUUUGUGUAAAUUCUGCGGAUUUUCAUCGGUUAUUCCUAAUUACGUCGUGUUUUAUAUUUCAUAGGACUAUGUGGGAUAUGUUGUCAUAAUAGUAGCUCUAAAACGUUUGAAUAAACAGUUUACGCAAGAAGUCACCAUCCUAACGUAAAUAUGGCACUAUUGCCGUAUGUGGUUUGCAAUUUGUUGCUUUUGUCAUCUAUUGCGGCGUUUUAUUUGCCCGGCUUAGCUCCCGUAAACUACUGCAGAGCCGGUGAUGACAAUGGAAAAUCUUGUAAAAAUGAAAUUCCAUUGUAUGUGAAUAGACUCAAUACAGAAGAAUCUGUUAUUCCAUUUGAAUAUCACCAUUUUGAUUUCUGUCUGUCUGAUGAAACUCAGUCGCCAGUCGAGAAUCUUGGCCAAGUAGUUUUUGGCGAAAGAAUUAGACCGAGUCCCUACAAAUUAAACUUCCUGGAAGAUGUCAAGUGUAGGGCUGUGUGUACUAAGGACUAUAAGGGCUCUGACCCUGAAUCUAUUAAGAAACUCAAUCUACUAAAGAUGGGAAUGGCUCUAUACUACCAACACCACUGGAUUUUGGACAAUAUGCCUGUCACAUGGUGCUACCUAGUCAAUGAGGGGGGGAAAACUUAUUGCAGUACCGGUUUCCCAAUGGGAUGUCAAGUUAGAAGAGACUUGGAUACUUGUGCACCAAUUGUGAAUACAUCACCUAAUCAAGUUGGCACCUACUUUCUUUUUAAUCAUGUGGACAUUGAGAUCACUUAUCACAGCGGCAGGGAAGAGGAAUGGGGUGUAGGAUUUGGGGAUAAUGGAGGCCGUAUUAUAUCUGCAAAGAUCAAACCUGCAAGUAUUCACCACCAGAACAAGGAUAACCUCGAUUGUAGUGCUAGGAACAACCAACUGGAAAUACCAAAUACUCUGACUGGAGAUGAAAUAUUCAGUAUCACAUACACAUACAGUGUAACCUUUAAAAAGAACAAUACUAUCAAGUGGUCCUCACGUUGGGACUACAUUCUGGAAUCAAUGCCACAAACAAAUAUUCAGUGGUUUUCUAUUUUGAACUCUCUUGUUAUAGUACUCUUCCUCAGUGGUAUGGUAGCCAUGAUUUUGCUCAGGACCCUACACAAGGACAUUGCCAGAUACAAUCAAAUGGAAUGUGGCGAGGAUGCACAGGAGGAAUUUGGUUGGAAGCUGGUUCAUGGCGACGUGUUCCGUCCACCGCGCCGAGGGAUGCUGCUGGCUGUAUUCCUUGGGUCUGGAGCACAGGUGUUUGGUAUGACUCUCGUGACGUUGGCGUUCGCCUGCCUCGGUUUCCUGUCGCCGGCGAACCGCGGCGCGCUGAUGACGUGCGCGCUGGUAGUGUGGGUGCUGCUCGGCGCCGCCGCGGGGUACGUCAGCGCCCGCAUCUACAAGAGCUUCGGCGGACGACGCUGGAAGAGCAACAUACUACUCACCUCCAUGGUCUGCCCUGGUGUUGUCUUUUCAUUGUUCUUCAUAAUGAACUUGGUGCUGUGGGGCAAGGGAUCCUCGGCAGCUAUUCCUUUCUCAACAUUGGUUGCUCUGCUGGCUCUAUGGUUUGGAGUUUCAGUCCCACUCACAUUUAUCGGAGCUUACUUCGGAUUUAGAAAGAGGAUCCUCGAUCACCCCGUGCGGACGAACCAAAUCCCCCGCCAAAUUCCCGAGCAGUCUCUCUACACGCAGCCGAUUCCCGGUAUCGUUAUGGGUGGAGUCUUGCCUUUUGGAUGCAUCUUCAUUCAGCUGUUCUUUAUUCUGAAUUCACUGUGGUCUAGUCAGAUGUACUACAUGUUUGGAUUUCUGUUCCUGGUUUUCGUGAUUCUCGUCAUCACGUGCUCGGAGACUACGAUCCUGCUUUGCUACUUCCACCUGUGUGCGGAGGACUACCACUGGUGGUGGCGAGCUUUCCUCAGCUCCGGCUCGACGGCGGGCUACCUCUUCAUCUACUGCUGCCAUUACUUCGUCACUAAACUCAACAUCGACGACGCCGCCUCGACCUUCCUCUACUUCGGUUACACGUUUAUAAUGGUAUUUCUGUUUUUCUUAUUGACCGGUACGAUUGGCUUCAUGGCCUGCUUCUGGUUCGUACGAAAAAUUUAUAGUGUCGUUAAAGUAGAUUAAGUUGUGUAGUAAAAGACUAUUUAAACAUAAUGGUAACAAUUGUGAUCUGCCAUUGUGUUAUAAUUUUUUAAUUUAAUAUCGUGUUAUU